CUGCCUUUCCUGUCUGGGCGUUGUCAGUCUGGUUUUUUAGUCAGGCCCCUAUACACAGUCUCGUGUUGUAUAUUUGUGUAUAAGCGUGAUUCAAAGUGCUCUGAAAUUUCAAUAGCGUCCAGUGGUAUCCAGACGUGUUAAAAAUUGUACCCAGUAAACUACACAAUAUUGGCCAACCAAACCGACCCAACAUGCUCACGGUUAAGCAGGCCGAACUGAAGACGACGGACUGCGAGACGGAGACGCUGCCGGAUUCGCGGUCCAGUUCCAGCCAGGAGCUAAAGAACCUGGAGGAAAUGGACGAAAUGGGGAAGCCCCUCAAGGAGAUCGUCGACUUGCGCUUCAAGCAUCCGCUGGAGCACACAUGGACGCUCUGGUAUCUGGAGAACGAUCGUACUAAGUCCUGGGAGGAUAUGCAGAACGAGAUCACCAGCUUCGACAUGGUCGAGGAUUUCUGGAGCCUUUACAACCACAUCAAGCCUCCAUCGGACAUCAUGAUAGGCAGCGAUUACUCAUUGUUCAAGAAGGGCAUCCAACCUAUGUGGGAGGAUGAAGCCAACAAGUUCGGCGGUCGCUGGGUCAUCAAUAUGGGGCGUGGCCCCAAAUGGGACGUCGACAGGACUUGGCUGGAUGUGCUACUCAUACUGAUUGGCGAGGCCUUUGACCACGGUGAAGAAGUCUGCGGCGCUGUUAUCAACUUGCGUGGCAAGAGCAACAAAAUUUCAAUUUGGACCGCCAACGGGCACAACGAGCCGGCCGUCAUGGAGAUUGGACUGAAGCUGCGCGACCUGCUCGCCCUUCCGCCCCACCAGCUGCAGUACCAGCUGCACAAGGACUCAAUGUCCAAGCAGGGAUCGGUGGUCAAAGCGGUUUACUCCAUAUAAGCCGCCUCGGACCCUGAUGCCACUCCGUCCCGAAAACCAACCAACCAACGCAUUUUCCAUGCCUGCCGCCUCCAGUUGCUGUUUUCAGCGCGUGUAUUCCAAAAACGUAAAAAAAACGAGCCCCGAUCUAGGACGGGUUUUUAUGAAUUUGACCAUGUUAAAAAAUUGCAAAGAAACCUGCAAAUGUAUUAUGUUCUAUGGGAGAAUCAUAA